ACUUUUAUCGAAGAAAAAUAAAAGAGGGCGUAAAAAAUUGCAAGCUGUUGAUGUUCAUGUUACACCUUCCAGCAGCGUCAGAACUCGAGGUCGGAGAAAAGUUACCACACUGAAUAACUCUUUGGAAGUGCUACAAAACUUAGAGCCCAGUAACAAAGAUGCCUUUUUGACUUCAUCCCCGUCCACUUCUAAGGUAGUCAGUGAGAGACAGAAGAUGAAGAAGGCGAAGAAAAAAUCACUAGCCAAGAUAGAUUUGCCCGAGCACAUGUCUGAGGCUGAGAUAGAUAAGUUAUCUCAUGCUGCAGAGGUGGCGGAAGUUAAAAUUCCACAAACCAAAGACAAUGACAAGGACACUUUGACUGAUACAGAAACACUGGAUAACUCUUUGGAAGUAUUAUGCUACUUGGAACCCAGCAGUGAAGAUGAACUUUUGGCUUCAUCACCUGCCACUUCCAAGGUAGCCGGUGAGAAAUGGAAGAUGAAGAAGAAGAUGAAAGAAUCACUUGUCAAGAAAGAUUUGACUGAGCACAUGUCCGAGGCUGGGAUAGAUAACAAGUCUUCUCAUUCUGCAGAGGUAGCCAGAGACAGUGAAAAUGACACUUUGACCGAUACAAUAAGUAGCACUGCUGAAACAGAUAAUUUUGAAAAACAUGUGCAUAAAGACAAUCUGUUUGAAUCCUUAGGUUAUAGCCUGAAUAUACCUGCAGAAACCUCACCUGUUUCUUGUGUUAAUAGCUUAGCCUGUGGUUCAAAAGACCUGUGCUCAUUAGGUGUUUUAGAAUCACAUCUUCCAACAGAGAAAAAUGCCUCUAAAAUGAAACCCUAUGAUUGUGUGCAUAUGUCUCAGACCGAGUCGUCUGCUAUGCAUGUUUCAGACUCUAUUGACAGUAAAGGCCCUCAGCAGUUGAAAGAUGCAGAGUUGAAAGCAGCCGAUAUUGACAUAGAGUUUUUAAAUAAUUCUCCAGGAAAACAGGAUUCUGGUUGCCCAGAUGUUUGCCACAAGGAUUCAUUUGUUGAUACUUCAGAAAUUUUGCAGGACUUGCAGUCUGUCAUUCCUAGUCAGCAUGCAGUAGGUUCUGGAAUAAUUAGUCCAGGAUCUAUAAAGUCUGGUGCAUUGCAUGACACUUCACUUCAUGAAAGAGAGGAUAAUUCUGAAACAGCAGCUGCUGUAGAAUCACCUUCUGGUUCUGAAGAGAAUACAGAGAAGAAAACUGAUGCAUCAGAAAAGGGACCUAUAGAUGAAGAGAAUGACUUGAUGAAUGAGAAAGAACUGGUCAGUACCUUUAAGGGGCCAGAAAUUGAACUUGAUAGUGGAAAGAUAAAACUUGCAGAACCUAGCAUAGAAGCUGAAGUGGUUUUAUCACAAGAAGACUCAGAGACAGUUACUUCUACCUCAGCAGGCAUUAGUUUGUUAGAACAGUUCCAGAGCAGCUGUUCCCAGCAACAUUUAUUUGCUGAGAUGGGAUCUUAUAAUAUCAGUAUGGACAGCAACAGUGGUAAUAAUAGAGAUCAGUGUGAGAUGCUAAAGAGUAGUUCCGUUGAUGCCAGAGAAGGUGCCGUAGACACUAUGAUUAUUAAGCCUGUUAUUGAUAUUGAAAGUAAUGUUGACAGUGUGGCUGAAGCUUCUGAUGACGACCUGGAGAUGCCAGUAUCACCGCAGUCGCUGUGCGGCCAACAUAAAAACACUAAAUUACGAAAAAGAAAGAGGAAGCAGGCACAGUUAUUAAGACGUAAAAUGCGAAAACAAGUAGAAACUGCAGAUAUGUCUGUAUCUUUGGAUAGUGCUUCUUCAGAUGUAUCCACUGUUCCUCUAGAGACUGCAGAGGAUUUCAACAGCUGCGCGGAGAUUGCAGAAAGCCAACAGAAUGAAGGAUUGCAGGAAGCUAACAGUAUGGUCGGAACACCAGCAAAGAGAGCGAGAAAGCGGAAAAGAAACUCCUGGCAACGAGGUGUCCUACGCAAAGUUACAAAUGUAUCUAGGAAAAUUAAAAAAUCUGCGAAGUCUCCAUCUCCAGAGCAGAACGACAUGUCGGUCUUAGUUUUAAACUCAAAUGAUGCUACUGCCUGUAUUGUAGAUGCUAUUGAGAAAAUGGCUGAAUUGACUCCCGUGUUGAUUUCUGAUGUUGUGGACAACAAACAGACAUCUGAUAAUUUGCAGGAAAAUAUUUUACUCCCAGCUCUGACCUCUGAUUGUGAAGAUAGAAGCCAGAUUUCAGCUAGUCUCCAGCUGUAUGAUCAGUCAGCUUCCGCUGCUUUAAUGUCUAACAGUUCUUUUAAAAUACCAGAUGAGCAUGAGAAUAAAAUCCGUGUUUCAAAUGUUAGUAAAAAACAGAUUUCAUAUGAUAGUAAAUUUGAGAUUUUAGAUGAUAGUAAAAUCCAGAUUUCAGACGAUAGUAAAAUCCAGGUUUCAGAAAACAGUAAAAUCAAGAAUUUCGAUGAAAGUAUCAUCACGGAUUUCAAUGAAAGUAUAAUCAUAGAUUCAGAUGCUAGUAAAACCGAAGAUCUGGGUGAAAGUGUAAACAACAAAUUAGAUGCUAGUAAAAUCAAAGAUUCAGUUGACAGUAAAAUCCACGUCUUAGAUGAUAACCAGAAAAAUGAAACAUUGAUGCCAUUUGUCGCAUCUAACAGUGAAACUACAGCUCCAACAUCUGGAAAUUUAGUGGGUGGAAAAGAACACAUGAUAGCGGACACCUACCCACCAGCUGUCACAAAGUCUUUAAAAAACAUGCUUAAGAAACUUCAGACGGAUGCUAAUUUAGCGCACGCUGACUUUGGUGCAGAGCCCUAUAAAGGAAAAUUUUUAAGGAAAAUUCAACGACAGGAGGAUAAAGAAAAGAGGUUAAGAAUCAGGAGAAAGUUGCUUCAUGCUGAUCAGAAAGUUGAAGAAGCUGCAGGAGAAAAGACGGCAGUGGAGUCGCAGUUAGGAAUUUCUGAUUUGCCUGUACGGAAGAAACGAGGCAGGCCUAAAAAGCAGGCUGGUGAAGCUCUUCCCAAGCUGAGUCCUGUGGGUAUGCUUCCUCUUUUGAGAUCCAUAGCUCCUUGGAACAAAACUCCUCCAGAUCUGUCACCUCAAGAUGUGACGGAUCCAGAGUUUCUGGAUGUAAGUGACUCAAAGAGUAUACAGGAGGCUGAGAUUGUCUCUGAGAAUGUUGAUGAUUCAGAUCUUCAUUUAUAUCUGUCUGGUGUCAGCGACGAAGAGCAGUCCCCAAGGAAAGAGCCAGAUAUUGCUGCACGUAUAAGUCUCCCCAGAGACGUCUCACUUCACCCAGGAAAGAUUGACAAUAACAUUUCUGUGUACGAGUCAAAAGACAGCAACAGCGUGGUAGAUACUGAUACGCCAUUUGGUGCAGAAGAAAUUUCAACUCAGAGGUCGGUGGUUGUUAGUGGGAAAGAGCCCAAAAAACGAGGUAGGCCCAAAAAGGGAAGCAAAGGUCAACCACCUGGAAUUCCAAUGACAGAUGAGGAGAGGCUGAAAAGAAAAGAUGAAGAGAACCUGAAGCGAAGGAAAGCUCUCAAGGCCUUUACCAAAGAGUGCGAAGACCAGACUUUACUCCAGUUUUUAUGCACAUCACAGAGAUCAGAAGUUGUGUCGGAUUGCUUUACAGUCCCUACUUUUGCAGAUAGCACUAGUACUCCAGCUGGCAGUUUUUCAUUAAGGAAAAAAUCAACACGGUCACCUCUUGUGAUGCUUGCAAUGAAGCGAAAGCAGGAAGAAGCACAAUAUGAUAUGGAGCAAGAGAGACGCCAAGCUAGGCUUAUCCAUCUUAGAGAAAAACGUAGUGCACGUGAGUCUGUGGAAGGCUUCUCUGAAGAUGAAGUUGGUGAAGAGAGUCCUGAAAACCUCCUGACCUGUUCAGUAGUUCUGAACGAUUUUGUCAAAAAGCUUCAGCUUGACGAACUAGAACUUUCCUCAGGCGAGGAAGCUAGUCAUGAAACACCUGACAAUCUAAGACCUAGCCGGGAAAGUCCCGAUUAUAACCCUUUUGACAAUCGUAAUGAAGACUGGCGUGCAGAUUUUGAAGAGCAUGACAGUGAAGAGUGGAAUAACAAUAGACCAUCUAUUCCCAGGUUAAAACUGAAAAGAAUCAUAAAGAAAGGAGCAGAAUCACAAAUCAAAAGUACCAAACUAACAGCAAAGUCCCCGAAAGAGCGGCAGCAUGUGCCAAUAAAACUUGUCAUUAAAACAGAACCGGUGGUGGAGCCGAAUGAACCAGCUGGAUUGAAGUUAGGUUCUGGCAGUGAAUCUUCAAAAGUGGAGAGAUCAGGCUUUGAGAAUAGCUACAUGGACUUCCUAAAAAAGAAGAGUCAGCCUCUUCCUGGGAAAAGAGAAGUUGGGUCUAAAAGGUCCUACAACGUAUCAAGGCCAGCCCAUCUUGAGAAAAGCGUACAGAAUGGUGCAGCUGAUUUGAGUGCUGUUGAAAUUUUAUCUCUGCCCACAACAGGCAUCAGGGGCGCAUUGGCUGUUAAUACAGACUCAUACAUAGCAGGAGCACAAGCAGCCUCAUCAGUGAGGCAUCUCUCAGGGAGCAUGUCACUUAGUGAUGGAGUAUCUGUGGUAGCUCAGACCAGAGUAGGCACUAAUGCUCACCCCUCAGAUAAAGUGUCAACUCUAGAAAAUGCAGGGUCAACGAAACCCGUGAUGUCAGUUGAUGAGGAUGAGGAUGACAUUCUGAUUCUAGACCUUGAAGACGGAGUUGUUGAACAGAAUUCUGAUGAUUUGCCAUCCUUACCAGGUUCUGUAUCAUCUGCUUCUCACCUGACUUCUGGCAUUGCUAAUGCUCUCCCUGCAUUGAGUCAUGAGAGUGCCUCAGAGAAUCACCUCAGCCAUGUUGGUAAUGCUUCACUUAGCCAUUUACAGAGAACUUAUUCUAACGAUGAAAUGGGGCUGAUGUUUGAGUCCUAUAACAGCCAUAAAGACCCAGAAAAGUUGGACCAGCUUGAUGUUUUACAAGAGGCUACUGACAGCUUUGUCAGUGUAGGGAACUCUGAAGAUCUUUCUAGAAACAUAGAAACAAGUAUUCAGCGUGAUACUUCUCAGCCUUCAGACUGUGUAUUCAUAGAUAGCAGUGUCAAAGCAACGGUUAGCACGUCACAGAAAAUCAUGUAUGAAGUCCAGAAAUCUCACCCUGAUUGUACAGUUGCACCAACAGGAAGUAGUGAGCCUGGUAAAAAAACCACCACAGAGAUGAGUGAUUCUGCUGUAGUUGCCAAAGAUAUGACAGACACAGGAACUUUAAUUGACAUGAGUCAUGGGGAUGGGGAUACUUCAACAUGUUGUAAGAAGCAGAGUGUUGGAGAUGCUUUUCCUAGAGUGAACAGAACAGGAGAUAGUGUGAUUGUGAACACAGUAAGUAAGGCUAGUAGUAAUGAGGGUCUGAAGGAAGGGGGUGCUGAUUCUGAGGUGUUGACAGCAACUUCAAACAAAACUGUUGAGUAUGUACCUAGUGAUGUGUCUUCGGACAGUAACAGCGUUGCUUCAGCAGGCACAUCUCCACCGAAGACUGGCUGCUUUAAGAAGCCUGGUCCAGCGGGGGAUAAUAACAAAAGUCCAAAGCACUCUGCAUAUCACGGAAGUGUGCCUGAAGAUUGGAGGAUCAAAGUGAUUCUUCACUCUGACAAGUUCUCUUCUGGGAAGUACUCAUGCAAGAGGUGUAGUUUCACGGCUCCAGCAAAGCUGACUAUUGAGUCUCACAUUUACAGCCAUAUUCCUGGAGUGCAGUUUCGCUGUGCUUAUUGUGAGUCGGAGUUCAGUUCUAUGGCCGCCACGUCGUCACACCUAAAAAAUACCCACUCUUUGAGCGAGGCCAAACUUCACAUUAACCGACAUAUAGAUGAGAAAAAUUUCUAUGAUAUGGAAGCCGUUAUGUUUUCUGAAGAAAGUGGUCAUCAGUCUCCGGUCCACCCCACUACCAACGCUGGUACAAAUGCAGGUGGACAGUCGCCUCCGGUUAUCAUCUCGGUUGUGGUCAGCAGCCGAAGUGGGAGAUCUUCCUCGGCCCCGUCACACAGAUUUGUGUGCACUCACUGUGGAUUCUCCACCAAUGUCAAGGAAGAUGCAGAGCACCAUGUUCUGGAUCUCCAUUCUUCACAAGCUCUGUUUGCCUGCCUCUUGUGCAGUGAAAAUGUCUGCUAUACAGAAAGUGACAUCAAGGACCACUGUGCAAUAGUUCAUCCUGCACGCAGGCAUCCCUACAAGAAGCUGCCAGACUUCUAUGACGCCGAGCUGCUCAGUGCGAAAGAAAAGACAGCAUCUCAGGAUGACAGGGAAAAUAUAUUUGAAAGGAUGACCUCCUUAUUUCAUGAUGAAACCCAGCCGGGCAUCAGUACCAUCGAUCACAGACAGAAAGCUAAAGAGUACCUCUACCUCCAGGAGGGAUGGAGAGAAAAAACAAAAGUAGAGGCAGACAGCACAACUGCUGUUGACUACCCUGAUGAGCAGGAUGACACAGAGGAGCGGUCAUCACCACUGAUGCCUGUUCCUGUAGAAAGUCCUACAGAAAAUAUUCAUCACACAACUGUUGGAGAAAAUGAAGUCAUCGCUGAUCAUAGAUCCGGUUCUGAAGAUUCUGAAGGGCUUUCAGAUGUACCUGAGACUCCCUCAUUAAUCACUGAUGACCUUAUCACAUCAUCUGCAAGAGCCGCAACAAAUGUCAGUAGUGAUUCACAGGUGGGCGCAGAUACUGGUUCUGAAUGUU